ACUUAAUUAGUACCGACCAAAUCAAUAGGAUUAAGAAUUAUGACUUUGGAAAUGACACCACAGUUCAGUCAAGUGACCAUCCGCAGAGUAAGCCUUUGACACAAAAUGAAUUGGAAAACAUCGAGUCACGUAUGAUGAUGAGGAAUUUGCAUUUAACAGAACGUUGCACUUUCUUUGGAUUGGACCAAAAAGGCAAUGACAGUCUUCACAAACCAAACUCUUGGGAAUAUUUAAUCAACAAGAAGUAUCAUUUAGUAUGGUGUAAUGUUUUUAAAGCAGCAUCAACAUCGUGGAUGUACAAUUUCAAUUUAAUGGCAGGAUAUCCAGAGCAAUUUCUACAAAAAUCCCAGAUGGUUCCAUUAAGCUUAGCACGGAAAAAGUAUCCUCGACCGAGCGUGAAGGAGCUUAACGAAGCUUUGAAUAUUUCCACAAGUUUCCUAAUCACUCGACAUCCGUUUGAGCGCUUAUUGAGUGCAUACCGUGAUAAAUUACAGUAUGCCUUACCACACACAUUCCAUCAGAAAUUGGGCAACAUGAUUGUACGAAAAUUCCGAAAGCCGGUGAGUUAUGAACGAGGCGAUAAUACGCAUCAUCCAUUAAUGAAUAAUGCACAUUCAUAUCUGCAAGCAAAGGCCAAAAAAGUUGGAACAAGAUGGCCUACAUUCUCUGAAUUUGUUGAAUUUUUAUUGUUCGAAGCAGCACAUGAUGCGGAUCUCGACAUGCAUUGGCAACCGAUAACCAACUUUUGUACACCAUGUCAAGUUCAUUUUGAUUUGAUAUUAAAGUUUGAGACACUUGAUGAAGAUCAACGUUAUUUGAUUGAAAAAGCAAGCCUAACGGGAAUAAUCAAGCCUGAGCACAGAAAUUCAGGAAAGGGAAAAAAUACCAAUGAAAUUUUAAUGAGCUUCUACGCACAAUUAACGAAAUCUCAAGUGAAAGGGUUGUACAACGUGUUUAGACAUGAUUUUGAAUUAUUUGACUAUAGUCCUGAUGAAUUUAUAAAAAUAGCACGCGAAGAUGAGGAGAAUGGAGUAAAUUCAGUAAAUGCAGAACCAAGGAUUGAAUUGAACAUUGAUCGUAGUAAAUUACUACCGUUUUCAUAGGAAUACAUUUAAAUCGUAGUUUAGGAUAGCGAUAAUAAUUGAAUUUUAGAAAAUCAGCUUUACUGAAUGAUGGAAUGUGAUUUGAUUGAUUUUUAACCUGAGUAUGACUACAGAAAAUUGGUUGCAAAGAGUACAUUUUAUAACAACAUCCUAGCUAUAUAAAACCGUUGCUAAGUCGCAGCUUGCAAUCUAGUGACAUCCCCAAAGAACCUUUUUGCAGCCAGAUUUUCAAAAUAUGCAACACUCUAGUUUACUGGAAUUACCCAGAAUUGUAGGAAUUUGAAGAAAAAAUAGAAUUGAGAGACCAAAGCUUGAAACUUUUUUGAGGCAUUUAACUUUUGGCCGAUCCACUUAAUAAAAAAUUGUGAUAUUAAUUAAAAUUGAUGAUAGUUAAUUAAAGAUCUUCUUAAACCACUCCUUCUUAGAUUAGCUUCUAAAUAAAUAAAAUAUCUACUUAAUUCCUUUUUCUUCCUAAUACUUCAUUCAUUAGAUAAUGCAAUUUGAUUUUUAUCAAAGUCCAAAAAGCAAUAGAUUGACGUAAUAAAUAAAAAAAUGAAGAUGAAUCAUAGUUGAUGACGGAAUAUAACUUGUUUGAAAUCAUAGAUAGAUGAUAUUAAUAGAUUAUGUUUUCCACAAAAAAAAAUCGUUAAUUAUAGAUUUUUUAAGAGGCAAUUUGAAACCCUCCAUGAUUUUAAAGUUUGUCCAAAUUUUACGAAUAAAAUGUCGAAU